AUGCCUUGGUUGAAGAAACCAUCGCCUUUAAAGGGAAACCCAACCAAGAAGGAUACCAGUAGAUACUGGACAUUCCAUGAAGGGCAUGUUUAUUACACAAACGACUGCUUCGCCUGGAAAAGGCACCUCGAAGAUCUAGUCAAAGAUGGCCAUUGCACGGAAUUCAUUGCAAUGAGGGCUAUCCAGCAAAUCAAGGAUUGUGACACAGCUAACAAUGAGCCCACGAAAAAAGUUAUAUGGAUCAACACGAUCAUAACUGACUCCAAGUGUCUGGGCUUACCACCAGGGGCAAAAGAGAAAGAUCAAGCAGGCGACUUUCGUCUCUCAACCGUCACUAGCUACCAAGUUAUGGAAGACAAAUCUUUCAUCAUAUUUCAAUGGAAGGAAGUUCCAAGGCAAUGGAAUGUCCAUCACCUCCAGGGGUACUAUCCAUAA